ACCUGCCAAGUUUAGAUCACAUUCGCCCUGCUGUCAUGUGUCAAAACGACACUGAGGAGAAGAGAAAAAAAACAAAACGAAAUCGUUCACUGCAAAAGUUGUUUUCCUUCGGUCCGGAAAGUUACACUCCGGAAGAUUGCCGGCCAGCAGCAAAAUGUCCAGCCUAGUGCGACUAUCUAACGCGCCACUGGUGCGCAACCUGGUGAACCACUCGCUACGCAGUGCCCGGCUGAUUUCGUCCUCGCAGAAAAACCGCGACGCUGCCACGCUCGACGUGUCGAAGAAGGCGGCCGCAUCGAGCAGUGGGGCGGCUGCCUCAUCGGUCGGCACCGGGCGCAACUGGGUGAGCUAUGGCUUCGACCGGAAGGAUGAAACGAACGACCGCAGCGCCAUGAACGCGUCGUUCUUCUUCACCGUCACACUGUGCCUGGUGCUGGGCUCGGCCUACUGGGCGUACGUGCCGGAUCCACAGCUGCAGGAUUGGGCCCAGCGUGAAGCGUACCUCGAGCUGAGACGUCGCGAGGCGGCCGGACUGGAACCGAUCAGCAAGGACUUUGUCGACCCGGCCCAGAUUGUACUGCCCUCGGACGAGGAGCUGGGCAACACCGAAAUCGUCAUCUAGAAUGGAGGAAUCGAGUAGCAGCAGCCGGGUAGCGGGCCGAAAUCGCUGGAUUAUGUAAUGUGGUCCGCCUGCAGAAGGGGGAGACGGUGCUGAUUUGGGUCUCGUUUGUACAUAACAGCGGUCAGAGGAAACGAGACGUGCGUUCAUUGUAGCACUGUGCAUCGCGGAAGAGAGAGUGUGGAGGAAGUUAAGUAACGAAUAAUAAAUAGGAAAAAAUCUUAAGAA